GAGAGAGAAAAUUCUCUCCGUACUCAUUUCUUCUCAGUAUUCUUUUCAUUAGUUUAGGAUGGUGUUCAUGAUUGGUUGAAAGUUUGAGCUGUGAUUGGUUGGAAGGAGAAAUGGUUUAUGGGAAAACCAUUUCCAUUGAACUAAAAUCUUUUGAGAUUUCUAGGGAGGGUAGAUGGCUGAUUCUCACAGAGAGAGGGUGGAAGUUUGUGAAAAGCAUGAAAAUGGAGUUAGCCACGGCACGGUGGUUCUGCAGAGUCCUGGAGGAUGGAGUGCAUGCAAGGAGAAAGGGGUUUUAUGCUAGCUAUCGUGAAGGGGAUAGGGGCUUCACUGUACAGAGGGGCUCAAAUGUUCAAGGUGCAUUCAUGGCACUAGAAGAGCACCGAGGGGGAGGGCGUUGUAACUGUAUUUUUGUCCCAGAUGACAAAGAUGGGAGGGGAUGGAGGAAACUUGCUGAGGGCCUUAGGGAGGCUGCUAGUUUCGGUGGGCAUGCACCACCAACGACGGCUGGUGCUUCAUUUUUGAAACCUCCUCAGUGGUAUAAGGAGGUUCUCCAAACACCAAGGUCUGUGAAUAUUUCUCAUCAGUUGGACAGGAGGGUGGCUAGUGGGGAUGACAGUAGCAUUGUUUUGGUAGGAACUCAGGGAUGUGAGGAGGUUGGCAGAAGAUUUGUUGGUUUUCAAAAGGAAACUAUCAUGCGGGUUUUGUUUGAUAUGCAAAUGCAGUUGGGGGAAUUGCAAGGUAAUAUUAUAUGGCUGAAACGUUGCGUUGAGGAUCAAGGGUGGGAUCUGAUCCCUGGAUCGAGUGAUGGGCUUGUUAUUGGGCAGGUAAAGGGCAGGGAGCCCAAGGGCCAACAGAAGGGGAAGGCUACAUGUGGGCCUGAAGCUGGCCUCUCUGCUGGGCUUGCUAAGGGGAAGGGCCCAUUAUACGGGCCCAGACACUCCAGGGAAGCAUCCAGACCCACGAGGCCUGUGUGGAGGAGGCAUGGGGCUUCCCUUCCACCCGCAGUUGUGGCUUGCGUCGAGGGUGGCGGGGGCCUUCCACCCGUAGCGUUUUCGGCGAAGGUAGUGGCACCCCUGUCGGAGGGUGUUCACAGGGGUGGCUCAAGCGACGGGAUUGGCUCAGGUGACACGACUGGUGGCGCGAUCUCUUGCAUUGUUUCAAGCGACAUGGAGGGGCUGAGUCAUGCACAGACCCGGUCAACUGAGGCGGCUGGGCCUUCGACGGUUGUUGCCCUCCCUAUUCAACCGCUGGUGACUGUAGCCGAAGCUGUUUUAACCAAAGCCCAAUCUUUUAUUGCUGGUGGAGAUGCCGAAGCUGAUUGCACCACCUUGAGUGGCUUUGCCGUACUGGGCCAUGCUCCUAAGGCAAUCGUGGCACCUUUUCCACCGUCGUGGCCCAUUAUACUUCCUCUGGAGGCGUCGGGUGAAGCAGGUUCUCUGGUUUCUUCCCAACAGAACUUGCCGAUGGAGUCACAGAACAUGCUGAUGGAAUUAGGUGAGCCCUCAACGGUAGUAGCAGCAUCAUCGCCUCCGCAGGUGGCUGUCUUACUUUUUGAAGGGGUGUCGAUGGACAUGAAAACUCACUUUCAGCCUCAGUCGUGGGAUCAAGACUCGGUUUUGGUAGUGACCAGUCUAGACAAUGGGCCUUCUGUUGAGGGGGAUGGAGGAACCAGCUCCUUUAUGCACAAUUUCCCCUAAUCUGGAUGUAUCUGC